AGGAUUCAGUCAACUGGAGGCCAAAUCCAUUACACCCCAGAUGAUGUUGAUGACUGGGAUGAUGAUGAUCCAGAUGAUGACUUAGAUAUAUAGCACAUCAGAAGAGUUCUAUCAGUGUUUCAAAUAGAAUUUGUGGCAUUCAGACUAUUUAUUUUAGUAGAGGUUAUGUUAUCUUAUGAAUUAGAUUAGACAAUCUAAAAACAAAUUGUAUUUUAUUAGUUACACCCAAUAUCAGCUAAUAACUUAUAUAUCUGGUAUCACAUAGAUGAAGCUAACAGUUUAGAGAUCAACUUGGUAAAAUCAGUGUCAUUUUUAUAUACCACAAGAUGAUAGAUGUGGCAUUUUAUUUCACAAGUAAAGCAAAGCACACAAACAUAGUAUUCAGGUCACCCAUCAACAAUCUGUCCCUAAUGGUACUUAUGGCAAGCUGGAUUAGUGGAAAUAUUAAAUCACAGAAGAAUCACCUUGAAACGAUACCUAUCUCCUUUAUACAAAACCUUUACCUCAUUAACAUCGGUGAUGGUAUGUACAUUUAUGUCAUGCCCACUGUAAUUUUAGCUUAUUUAUUAUGUUUAAACACAGAUGACUCCACAAGUGUGUAGUUAUCAAAGAGAACAACUACUAGCUUUAUUUGUUAUUAUUGUUAUUAUAUAUUUUAUUGUUGCUGUGAAUAACUCUAAUAAUCAUACUGUCAGUAAUGAUAAUAACAGUAUUCAUAUGGAUAGCAUUAGAAAAAUAUUUUCUCCCAAAAACUCAAGGAAAGGGGAAUAAUUCUAAUAAUGUCAGAAACAUCAAUAACAGACAGUAUCAAUAUUAAUAGCAUUAGAGAAAACAUUUUUGGCAAAAACUCAAGGAAAGGUAAAUCAGGUUUGGUGACAUAGGUCUACUAAUUAACUACUUGGUGGCUGAAAACUUGUGGAGCCAUCUAUUUGUAAAGAUUCACAAAACAAAACUGCAGUGGACAUAACAUGUUCCCAAAAAAAAUGGGUUAAAAGAUCAUGUAGAUCAACAGAAGUUGGAUGAUAAAAGAACAGGAUGCUUGGGCAGUCUGGCAAUUACAGGCUAGACUUUAAAGAGAUCCUUAACCCUCUAGUGUACAAAGAUAUUUCAAUAAGUUUCUAUGUUGUUUACGUAAGGAUUUCUAGGAGUUGUUUCACCAACCCAGCCUCGAAACAAUAAUUGGCGUGUGGUAGCUGCUCACAUGUGAAAACUCAUAUGUGAAAACUUAUUAAGGACAUGGUUUUGAGGAAAAGUUGAACUAUUAGCAUAAUGGUGAGUCAGCUCCAUAGCAUAUGGGACAUAUGUUUUCACAGGACCAUAAAUGAGCUUUGCAAGGUUUGCAAAGCAUGUGCAAGAGGAUCAUGUAAAUAAUUUGACUGUUUAUCAAUUUGCAUGACAGCCAAUGAUAAUAUGUCUUGUAUUUGAAAUAUCAAAACAGAAAUUAGCAACUUUUAUUUAAUUGAUCAUGGGAUAUGGUAAUAAAAAUGCCUGCAUACACAAUUUAAGCAGGCAUUUAAGUCAGAUUUUAUUGAAAGUAAGUUGACUAGAUUUUUAUUUAUUACCUUUAUAGUUCAUAAUUCUUCAGGCAGUGAGAAGUGAUAGUGGAUACUACAUAUAAGCAUUUGUGCAUUUUGAUGCCAGGCAAGGAAAUCAUUCAGAUGGUUUAACAGUUCAUGGUAGGUGUUAGGCAAUACAGGCUUGUUGAAAAUUAAGGUGAAAAUAGAGUAUUCCAUAUCACAGUGUGGGAUUAUCAUGAUGCAGUGGAUUUUUGACAUCCUCCUACAUUAUUUGUUGAUUAUUGUGUCCAGAGGAGAGCUAAGAACGUAAUGUGAUUGCAGGUGACUAUUCAUUGUGAUAAUUGCACUAAAGGAAUCAAGCCAAGGAAAUAACUGGUGUAAUGGAUGGUUAGAAUUGGUCUGUGAGGGAGGGGCUAGUGAUAUUUUGCUUGAGUUAUAGUGCUUAGGCUUCUACCUACUAAUGGUACUCUGUCACUGUUUUUCCCAAUAAUUUUGCACUAUCCAGUGGCACACUCUUGCAGACCACUGUAUGGAGAGAUAGGUUUGUGUUAAUCUAUCUAUCUAGAAAGAUAAGACUUGUAAUAAAGCACAAAAUAUAACAGGCCUUAAUUGGUAUGACUGUUACUGUACACAUACUUACAGCUUAUGUGAAACUGUAUUCACAUUUCAUAUCCAUUGUUAUAAGCCCAGUACCCGUAAACAUACAUGCAGGAGACAUCACAAGUUUUUGCUGUAUUUGGCUUAUUGUUCCAUCUGUGGAUUUUGAAAGGUAAAUGAUAUUAGAUUAUGAAUGUGGACCUGAGCUGAUGUUAAAAAUACAGGCAUCAGUUUAUAGGUUUCAUUGUUAUUUAUUGUUCAGUUAUUUUAUAGAAAACUAGUUAUUAAGUAGCCUGGCUCAAUCAACUUCAGUGCACAAAGGUUAGUUUUUAUGAAUGUUCUAAAGUUUUAUACAUACUAAUUUCUUUGCCUAUUCCUCUAUUUUGGUUAUUGUCCAAGUUCCUACAUAAUUCUUAGGGAGAUUUGUGUCAAAGAUAUAUCUAUUAGGAGCCACAUGAAUUCCUUGUAAUGCAUACUGUACCUCACUGUGUUGUGAUCUUGUCUCAUAUAGGGCUCUUCAGUUUGUAUUGAUUGUUUUGUUUAAAAACUUUCUAGAAGUAAAAUUUUAAUGCAGUAUUUGAUCAGCCAUAUGUGACUUAGUAUUUGUUCUUUUUUAUUAACUUUUAUGACCAUUACUUUAUGAGACUAUCCAAUUCUUUUCUUCUUUCAUAAGGAAAUAACCAUUACCUUAUAAGGCUCUCCAUUUUUUCUUCUUUCAUAUGGAAAGAAAUAAUUUUAUGCACAUAUUGCAUAUACUUAUUAGUUGUGUUCUAUGUGGAUCAAUGAACUUAUAUCUAUGCCAUUCAGCCAUGCAAAUGAAAUUAUUCUUUACAUAAUCAGAGUUGUUAAUAAAAUAACUGUAAUCUUUA